AUGGCUCAAACCAAGAGCCAGGUCAUCUACGCGCCUUCAGAGGAUGCUCCCCGCGGCGUAAAGUCCGUCUUUCUCGCCGGCACCACCAACAAAGUCGACCCGAGCGACUGGCGCGAGACCCUAUCCACUUCCCUCUCAGGCCUGCCAGUCACGAUAUACAAUCCUUACCGUCCUGAUUGGGAUAGCUCGUGGCGUGAGGACAUUGAUUUCCCUCCUUACCGAGAGCAGGUGGAGUGGGAGCUCGACAAGCAGGACAAAGCCGACAUUGUCGUUAUUUAUUUCCAUCCGGCUACCCAGGCGCCGGUCAGUUUGCUAGAGCUUGGAAUCUGUGCGCGGGUCCCCGGGAAGGUUAUUGUUGUCUGUCCUGAGGGAUACUGGAAGAGGGGGAAUGUGCAGAUUGUGUGCAAGAAAUACGAAGUUGAAAUGGUGGACAAUGUUGAUGCGCUGAGGGACGCCAUUAUGAAGAGGUUGCCUGUUCGUUCGUGA